AUGGCGAGUUUCAAGAUCUCAAAUGGAGGCUCCGACCAAGAACCAAUCAUUGACGCAAUCCUCCGUCUCUACCUCGGAAUCGACACCAACAACCUGGACCUCUUUACCUCAGGCUUUACCGAGGAUGCCGAAAUCGACCUUUCGAAUGUCAGCAUGGGCGGACAACCGAUGACCAAGCUACAGGGCCUGCGGGAGGACAUCGUGCCAAAGGUUCUCAACUUCCUCGGGCCAUUCGGCACCUCUCAUUCAGUUACCAACUUCAGAGUCGACAAGCAGAGCCCCGACUUGGCUGUUGUGACCUAUAUCAUCGUUGCUCAACACUGGCGGCCAGACGAUGCUAGCAAGCCCGUGCUCCCGAUUCACUACACCAUGUCGAAUCGCUAUACGUCAACGGUUGUGAGGGUUGAUGGAGACCUCUGGAAGGUGAAGAAGACUGUUGCGGAAAGCUUGUGGGCUCUUGGUGAUGCUGCAGUACUCGGACGCUUGGAUCUGUUGGCUAACUAA